ACGCACCCGGCCCGGCGCCUUCUCUGUGCGGCACCGCCUCUCGCGUCCGCCUCUUCUCGUCCAUCCUCGUUCGGAGAUCCGUGCCCGUCUCAGGCCGCCGCCUGCCCGCCAUGUCGCGCUUCCUCUCCGGCUUCUUCCAGCCGCUGCACUGCGACGCGCCGGCGCCGCAGUCGCCGGCAUCCGACGCAGAGGAGGACGACGUGGAGCGCUACCAGCAUGCGCACCAGGUCGUCGUGCCGCAUCUGCCCGGCGAGGGCCGCUUCACGCUGACGGCAAAGGUGUAUGCGCCGACACGCGCCACGCCGGCGUUUCAAAAGCACCUCGAUGCCUUCCAGCGCGAGGUGGCAGCGUCGUCGCCAGGCAUGCUCUCGUACAAGGCCUCGACGGUGGCCGGCUCGUCGCCAGAAGAGACGCUCAUUUGCCACGAGCUGAUGAUCUCCGACGACCUGGACCCGCACCCGCUGCCGCCGCCGCGCGUGCGUGGCCCGCCGAAGGCGAAGCAGUCGCAGGAGAAGGCGGAGAGCACGGUAGAGGAGGCGGAGAAGGUCGCCGUCAGCGUGCUGGCCGAGGCGGCACACUCGGCAUACAACUUCGGCCUCGGCGGCAUUGCCGGCGCCACGGGCGCCACGCUCGUGUACCCCAUCGACCUCGUCAAGACGCGCAUGCAGAACCAGCGGUCGUCGGUUGUCGGUGAGCCGCAAAUGUACAAGAACAGCAUGGACUGCGUGCGCAAGGUGUUCCGCAACGAGGGCUUCCGCGGCUUCUACUCCGGCCUGGGCCCGCAAUUGCUGGGCGUGGCGCCAGAAAAGGCCAUCAAGCUCACAGUCAACGACCUUGUCCGCGCGCACGCCAAGGACCCCAACACGGGCGCCAUCACAUUGCCCUGGGAGCUGUUUGCGGGCGGUGCGGCCGGUGGUUGCCAGGUGAUCUUCACGAACCCGCUCGAGAUCGUCAAGAUUCGCCUGCAGGUGGCGGGCGAGCUGGCCAAGUCCGAGGGUGCGGACCGCGUGGCGCGCGGCGCGAUGCACAUCGUCCGCUCGCUCGGCCUCGUCGGCCUGUACCGCGGCGCCUCGGCGUGCCUGAUGCGCGACAUUCCCUUCAGCGCUGUGUACUUUACCGCCUACGCGCACCUCAAGGGCGACGUGUUCAACGAGGGCAAGGGCGGCAAGAAGCUCAGCUUCGGCGAGCUGCUGGCGUCGGCGAGCAUUGCCGGCAUGCCCGCCGCCUUCUUCACGACGCCGGCCGACGUCAUCAAGACGCGCCUGCAGGUCGAGGCGCGCAAGGGCCAGGCGACGUACAACGGCAUUGCCGACUGCUUCCGCAAGAUCAUGCGCGACGAGGGCCCCAAGGCGCUCUUCAAGGGCUCGGCGGCGCGCGUGCUGCGGUCAAGUCCGCAAUUCGGCGCUACGCUCGUGAUGUACGAGACGCUGAAGACUAUGCUGCCGUAUCCCUUCGACACCGUGCAGUCGUCCGAGACGAGCCAGUCGUCGAGCCGGCCGUGGGAGGACCCGUCGCGUGGGCAUGCACGCAACGCCAUGCGCCUGCUGCUCGAGAUGCACGAGGACUUCGGCUCUCCGACGCCGCCGCAGGGCUUCCAGCCGUUUGCAAAGACGCGCCAGUGAGAGCAGCCUCUCGCUGGGUGUGCACUCUCCUCCUCGCAGUCCCUCUUUAUUUGCGUGCAGACGCACCUGUUCGACCUCUAGACUGUCCGCUGCUUGCAGUGCCGGACUCGACAUGCAUCCUGGCCGCCUCAGUCCGCCACUCCUCCCUCCAGACCCCGUACUUCUAUCACGCCCAGCACUCGCGACCUUGUCGCUGCACUACACACCGCGCGCAGAGAGCCGUGCCCACCCAGAGACGGGCGGCAGCCCUCGGCGGCACGCUAAUACACAG